CAAAUUACAAAAAAAAAUGAAAAGUCUGGAGACAUUCGAACGGCGGAAAUAAAUAAAUAAACAAACUUUUCUCAGCUGCUUCUCUGCCGUUUCAGUAUGACUGAUUCAUCCCCUGAAAAAGAUCAGAAUGCUGUAUCUCCAGCAUAUGCUUGUGAUGAAACAACAAAAGAAGGAUUUAUUAGAGUAAUUGUUGGAAUAAAAGGUUUAUCUGUAUCUAGACAAUUCAAAAGCAUGAAGUUUAUCAAAGUUCCAGAAAAUGCCACAAUACCACCACCAGAAUUCACAGACAGGAGUUUAUUGUUAAGAGUAGAAGGAAAAACCAAAGGUGCACUGAAAGGAAAGUUAUUUAUACUUAAGGUUAGACAACUACCAUUUGACAUCAAUCCAGACAAGAGUUAUUUUAAGGCAGAAGAGGAUAGAGUCCUGCUGUUUUUAAGUAAGACACAAGACAAGUCAUGGUAUCCUGAACUAGAAUCUGGAUUGGAAACUGCUGAGGACGAAGAGGAAGAGGACGAAAAAUCAUAAAGGGAGAUAAUUACUUAUGUUUUCUAAAAAGUUACUUCACCUAUACUAAAAUUAUAAGAUCAACCACAUGACACUGAUAACAAAAAUAAAGAAGAGACUGAAGAUUAAACCAAAUUUAAUAAAAAUCACUUUUUUGCACUGUUGUUUCUACAGUUUUUUCACAGCAGUUUGCACUUUGAGUUUUUAGCAUUUUUAUGAGGAACUAAUUUUUUUUGGAAGUUCCAAAUUGUAUACAAGUUUAUUGAUUUUGGAGAGAAAUUAGUAUGUUCUUAGGUUUUGUAAUUUUUUUAUUCUUUUGUUUUGAUGUACACAUUUUUAUAUUUUUAACAAACUAGGAAAAGAAGGUUUUUCUUUUAUUUGAUGCUAGGUUGUAGUUUGUGAUUGUAUAAGUUUUUUUUCUAAAGAAAAAGACUCUUUUCUCUCUUAUUACAAGGCCCAUGCAAUUAUGAUAAGAAAGAGUAGCAGUACUUGUUUAAAAGAAGUCAAUCAAACCAAUCUUAUUAUCAGUAGGUUUUUAAAUAGAGUAAGUUUUUACAUAUACUAUAAAAGUUUUACAAGGUAAACAAAUCAUCUGAUUCUGUUUAUUUAGUUGAUAAUAUAAAAUUUUAGCCAUUCAUAUAUGUUUUAUUGUAUACAAUAUUUUUUCAGUGUUGAAUUUUGUAUUUCAAUCAGAAAUUAGUGAAUAUUUUCGUCUCAUUUGCAUAGGGUGAAAUCAAAUACAUCUGCUUUGUAUCUAAAAAAAAACAUCAAGGAAUUAUUCACAUUAUUGGUGCUAUUGUUGGCUUCACACUAUUGUUUUAAGGGUGUCGAUUACCAUAGCAUACAUGUACAUUAAAGCAGUUGUGUUAUGCUUAGAAAGUUUGAUGUCUAAUGAAAUUUGAAAUUAAAAAGGAAUGAGUCAAAUCAGACCACCUUAUUUUAAUAGGAGUAAAAAUGGCAAGAUGAAUGAUUUUCACUAAAGUUUUAUAAGUUGAUAUAGUCUAGUUUCUAAUCCUUUGUUUAUUUUUUUUAGACAUUUUAGAACAUAGCCCAGUGUUUGAUUUUUAUUUACUACCUCAUUUUGUAACCAUUUUGAUUGGUGGUAACAUUUGUCCUCUUUUUUGUAAAAGUUUCAGUUUUGAAGAAAAAUUUUAGUUUUCCCCUUCCUUUACUGCUAAGGUCUUUAAUUAUAUUUUAUUGUGAACCAAAACCAAUUUUGAUGAUUUAUUUUACCUAAUGAUUCUGUUUUACUGUUAUUUAUUUUAUUUUGAUAACAGAAAUAGCCUUAUUGUGCAUGUCUAUGAAUAUAAAUGAGAUCUAUUGAUAAAUAACUUUAUUUUGAGUUUUAUAAUAUUUUUGUAUGUAAGUUGAACUUAUUGCAAUGUUUUUUAUAAAUACAUUUAGUAAUAUUAUAACAUUUUGUCUUUCUUGAGUGUUGAUUUAUGUUUUAAAAAGUGUAUAUAAAUUUUGUAAUAAAGACAAAUAUUUAAUUGUUGAAUUGCAUUUAAAGAAAAACUUGUCAAAGAAGUUUUUCUAAAGAAAGAAUAUUAGUUAUUUUUAUGUAAACUUGAGUAAACCAAUAUUUGGUCUGCAACAUAUCAUAAGAUAAAUUAUUCCAGCAUGGUUCAAAUUUUGCUAUUUACAAAAAAGAUAUUUUUUGGGAUAUUGAACAAAUGACAGUUGAUUUGUAUGCAUAUUGCUGUUGAAGAUUAAUUUGUCAAAUACCAGUAACUGAAAAAGAAUUAAAUUUGUUAAUAAUUUUCAUAUAAAAAAUAGUUUCACUUUAGCAUGAAAAAAACGGUAUUAUUUAUUAUAAUUUCUAGUCCAAACAUUUCAAGCCAAAAACUUAGUAUCUAUACGUUGAUCUUUUUUCACUUCAACUAUAUAUUGCUCAUUUCAGUCGCUCUGCUUACUUGCCAAAAAAAUUCAUAUUGUGGCUCAAGGCUGAUAUUUUAUGAUGUUUCUAUACAGAAACCCUGAUAAUGUUUAUGUUAAAAAAAAUUGUAAAAAAAGAGUUGGUAUAAGUUUAGGUUAUUACUUAUGAUGUGUUUCAUGUAAUUUCAUUAUUUAAUGAGUAAUGUUAUAUAUAUUUAUGUAAGUAUUGGAUAUACAUUAUUGAAAACUUGAUUUAAUAUCAUAGUUUUAUACAUACUGAUCAAUUAUUCUUGUGUAAAAGUCACAUCUUUUAAAAGAUUAAAUUUCUUAGCACAUUUGCUCCUUUUCAUAGGCUUAAUUUAAUGUUGCAUUAGUAGGUAUGUAUGAAAUUUGUUACUUUCUUAUUUAUAAUCUGAAGCUAUGAAUAUGAAUUUAAAAUGACAUUUGUAGCACAAUAUUUCAACAACAUAUUUAUCAUUUAUGAUGAUUUAAAUUCUGUUAUACACUUACUUUAGUAGUGCAAUAAAAUAUUUACAAACUU